UCAGUGAUGGCCUCUCUGGUGUUGAAGGAUCUGAACAAGCGCUUCCUGGGCCUCUCCUGCUCCUCCGCCGCCUCCACCUCCAUCGUCGUCUCCGGCCGCCACUCGCCGCCGCACCUCCGAGACCCAGCUCGCACGCCAAGCAAGAAGCCGAAGAAGAGCAAGCAGCAGCUAGUUAGCCCCGCAAGCUCCUCCAGGUUCCUCCUCAACUCUUCGCGGAUGCAACCCGCGGAUGAUAGUAUAAUCAUCCGUAACGACCGCGAGUUGGAGUUGGCGCCGCCAGUUACUGCUGCGGCGGAAGAGGAGAAAGAGAUAGCAGCAGCCGGAGCCGGAGACGGGAGAGAGACGUCGCAGCCGCAGGUGCAGGUGGUGGUGCUGCGGGUGUCCCUGCACUGCAAGGGGUGCGCCGGCAAGGUGAAGAAGCACAUCUCCAGGAUGGAGGGCGUCACCUCCCUGGACAUCGACAUCGCCACCAAGAAGGUCACGGUGGUCGGAGACGUCACGCCGCUAGCCGUGCUCAGCACCGUCUCCAAGAUCAAGCCCGCCCAGUUCUGGCCCACGACGCCCACCCUAUCAUCGCCAUCGCCUGCGCCGCCCCGCGCCUCCGCCUCCUUCUGAUCCAUACGUACAAAGUUUAUGCUGCUUUCGUCUCGUCCAUCAAGAAUUGCAAUUUUAGUUUUGCAAAUAAUUUAAAAGGAGAUGAAAUUAUUUGUAUCUGUAAGCAUAUGGAGUGGAUCAGUGGAGAAGAGUACAUUAAUAUUUAUUAUACGAGAUUUACUCUGAUCCUCUCUUUUUACCGUAGGAUACCAGUACCAUGAUAUACUAUAAUUUUUAUCCGUGUUACAUAUCUCAUGAUCAGGCUGGCACUAAAAUUCACCCGUGCUACAUA